AUGUCUAAGUCACCCAUCACAUGCCACGUUCUCGAUUCAUCCAUCGGGAGACCCGCGGCGGGCGUCGAAGUCCUUCUUGAACACCAGGCUGAUGGGUCCAAUUUCAAGGAGCUUGCAACUGGAGUCACAAACUGCGAUGGUCGCUGCAUGAGCCUGUUCCCGGCGUCAGGAAAGCAAGAGGAUGCGGCACUUGUUGCGGGCCGGCUUUACAAAGUGACCUUUAAAACGAAGCCCUACUUCGAAGGCAGUGGCCGCAAGACGUUCUACCCUUGGGUUGAGAUCACCUUUGAAGUUCCUGCACCAGAUGAACAUUAUCACAUCCCAUUGCUGAUCAGUCCCUACUCCUACACAACGUACCGAGGAAGUUGA